UCGCCGCAUUUGACAUCGGGUCACACAACUCCUUUGUGCCGUGCUGUACACUUUACUUUAAUUUUCGGGCGUCUGCUGGAGAAAGAGUGAAAAACUGACAAUUCGUGCACGACUUUGAAGUUACCUGAGUUUUAGACACAGACAAUACAAGAAUGGCGGAUCUGAACGACUCCAAUGGAAACUACGACGAUGGUGAUGAGAUCACUGAGCCAGAGCAGCUGCGCAAGCUGUUCAUCGGCGGUCUGGACUACCGCACCACGGACGAUGGCCUGAAGUCUCACUUCGAGAAGUGGGGCAACAUCGUGGACGUGGUGGUGAUGAAGGACCCCAAGACGAAGCGCUCUCGCGGCUUUGGGUUCAUUACAUACUCCCAGUCAUACAUGAUCGACAAUGCCCAGAAUGCGCGUCCGCACAAGAUCGAUGGACGCACUGUGGAGCCCAAGAGGGCUGUUCCACGCCAGGAGAUCGAUGCUCCGAAUGCCGGAGCCACAGUGAAGAAGCUCUUCGUUGGCGGACUUCGCGACGAUCACGAUGAGGAAUGCCUGCGCGAGUACUUCAAGGACUUUGGUCAGAUCGUUGGCGUGAACAUCGUUUCCGACAAGGAUACGGGCAAGAAGCGUGGCUUCGCCUUCAUCGAGUUUGAUGACUACGAUCCCGUGGACAAGAUUAUUCUCCAGAAGAAUCACACCAUCAAGAACAAGAGCCUGGACGUGAAGAAGGCGAUUGCCAAGCAAGACAUGGACCGCCAGGGCGGCGGUGGUGGUGGUGGCGGAGGAGGAGGCGGUGGUCAGGGCGGCGGACGAGGCGGUCCUCGAGCUGGCGGACGUGGUGGUCAGGGCGAUCGCGGCCAGGGCGGCGGCGGUGGUGGCUGGGGAGGCCAGAACCGUCAGAACGGAGGUGGCAAUUGGGGCGGUGCCGGUGGUGGUGGCGGCUUCGGCAACAGCAGCGGCAACUUUGGAGGCGGUGGUGGUGGCGGCGGCGCAGGGGGUUGGAACCAGCAAGGAGGAGCCGGCGGCGGUGGUCCGUGGAAUAACCAGGGUGGCGGUAACAGCGGCUGGAAUGGUGGUGGCGGUGGAAGCGGCGGCUACGGAGGCGGCAGCAGCAAUGGAAGCUGGGGCGGCAACGGCGGAGGCGGUGGCUUUGGUAAUGACUACCAGCAGAGCUACGGUGGCGGUCCGCAGCGCAACAACAACUUUGGUAACAACCGUCCGGCUCCGUACAGCCAAGGUGGAAGUGGAGGAGGCGGCGGCGGAGGUUUCAACAAGGGCAACCAGGGUGGAGGACAAGGCUUUGGCGGCAACAACUACAACUCUGGAGGCGGCGGCCAGGGCGGAAACAUGGGCGGCGGCGGCAAUAGACGUUACUAGACAAGGUAAACACACAUAGAGAGAGAGUCAGUUCAAGCUAGACGACAAACAGGCAGUCUAGGCAGGCAGAGGCAGAUGCAGAGGCACAAGCACAAUCGCAAUCUCAGGCACAGGCAGGCAAUCAGUAGCAGGUGUGUGUCAGACCAGGCAGACAAGAUCAGGACCAGAAAUCCAGAUCCAGAACCAGAAACCAGGCCGAGUGCAAGUGCAAGCAAUCAGUUUUCAGGCCAGCCAAAAAACCUGCAGGCCAAAUCCAAAAUCUACUGGCCAAAAGCAACAAGCAAACAAGCAUGCUUUAAGCAAACAGCCAAAAGCGAAACGAACCGACGCCACUUGUUGUCCACAGUUUGACUCCUGCUGUCUCUCUUAAUUAACCAAUAAUUCGCUGAUCAAUUCAUGUUUAGGAUGUUAAGAACCCUGAACGCUUAGUUUUAACUAUAUUAACAAAACAAACUAAAAGAAACGAAAAGAAAAGAAACCAACAAAAACAUAUAAAUUAAACUAUAAUUUUAUUUUAUAAAAUUUACAAUAGAAACCAUUUGAGCGACGGAACGGAUUCUCAUUGAGAAAACCAGUUGCAACAGGGUGUUAAAAGGUAGAGUACCUUAAACUUUAUUCAUGUCGGGAUGGCCCACAGCUAGCUUUAUUUUCAAUUGUUUUUAUUUUAUAGCGAUCCAGCGAAUUGUAAGAAAUCAAAUAGAACUGUAUUUUGUAAUCACUUUUGUGUACAUCUAAGAAAUUUUAUAUUAUGAUUUAUUGCAAAAAAAAAUCGUAAUUUCUGAAUAGCGAACGCCACGCUGUGUCCUAGAAAGCAAAAUCCACAUAUACAAAACAUACCAACUCUGUUAGACCCUAAGAUGUAGAUGCUACGCUAUUCCAGAAAAAAAUACGACAAAUUCACAUUGUUCUGUAAUUAGUUCGUUACGACAGAAACGAAAGUGACGAGAUACAAGCAAAAUAAAAUCCUAACCAAUGUUACCCACCCGAA